UCCAGCAACACUGUGAGGGAGUAAUGAGGGCAGUCUGGAAACACAGACGACACGGUAAAGAACGUUUCUCACGUUUCUUCGAGGAUUCGCCUACGGUUGAUGCCGCUUGGAGUUGGACAACCGGAUACCAAAUAAAGUGUUGCAAUGUUCGAAUUCCGAACAGCACUUGUACAUUAAUUUGUAUCUGCGGUCCUGUGUUUGGAAGUAGAGCAGAGUAACACCGUCGCAGCGAGGAGGAAUUCCACCGCUCAUUUCGGAACCCGCGGUCCACGUCGUUUUUAGUUUAGAACAUAACCUGUUGCUCGAGUGCACUUUGGAUACGAACCUACUCGUGCGCAGUCUGAUCGUUUCUAUGAGUGAGUGGGCUAUAAACACGGGAAAUAUAGAUUUGAUUGAUCUUAUUGAGGACUUGUAGUCUAGUCUACUAUUGGCGGAGAAAGUUGCAGGCUUCCCUGGCGUGUCGUGCAAGGCACCUUUAUUAUCAGAUAUGAGGGGAAACAGCGUGACGACAUAGCCACCAAACAUCGUCAAUGCUUUCCCAGGAGGGGAAAAAACAACACUCAAGUUAAGUAUUGAAAGCAAUUUCACUCAAACAUGAGUUCUUCCUGCGGCAGAAAGUUAGAUGUGCUAUAUGUCGGCGUGUUUGACUUAUUCUUUCCAUGGAACUGAAAUUCGGAAAUUAAUUUAGGUAAUUUCCCCGGAGCGAGUUGGUUUUUUUUGGGGUAGCUUCAUCUUACGACACGUUGUGAAAAUAACGUGCAGGUUUAGAGUUACGAUGCUGGUCUCUUGGGUCGCAUUUAUUCAAGCGUUCCUAACACUGCUGGUGAAAGGAGCCGACCAAUGGAGCCUCCGGGAGUCCUCUAACUGCGAGCUCAAUAAGAAACAAAGUGAUCUGAACUCUUUCCUGUGGACCAUCAAACGUAACCCUCCGUCCUACUUCUACGGCACGAUCCACGUCCCUUACACGCGCGUCUGGGACUUUAUCCCAGAGAACUCAAAGAAAGCUUUCCAGGAGAGUAACAUGGUUUACUUGGAGCUGGACCUGACUGACCCCUACACCAUCUCAGCCCUGACCAGCUGCCAGCUCCUCCCCCAGGGGGGAACCCUACAGGACGUUCUACCCAGAGACAUCUACGGACGCCUCAAGAGGCACUUGGAGUAUGUCAAGCUCAUGAUGCCAUUCUGGAUGACUCCUGACCAGAGGGGUAAAGGCCUCUACGCUGACUACCUGUUUAAUGCGAUAGCGGGGAACUGGGAGAGGAAGAGGCCUGUGUGGGUGAUGUUGAUGGUGAACUCGUUGACGGAGGCGGACAUUAAGACGAGGGGGGUCCCGGUGUUGGAUCUGUACCUGGCCCAGGAGGCAGAGAGGAUGAGGAAGAGGACAGGAGCUGUGGAGAAGGUGGAGGAGCAGUGUCACCCGCUGAACGGACUCAACUUCUCUCAGGUGAUCUUUGCCCUGAACCAGACCCUUGUACAGCAGGAGAGUGUGAGAGCAGGCAGUCUGCAGGGCUCCUAUACCACUGAGGACCUCAUCAAGCACUACAACUGUGGAGACCUCAACUCCAUCAUCUUCAACCAUGACACCUCUCAGGUCCCCAACUUCAACAACGUGACCCUGCGCCCCAGCGAACAGAUAACGGCCCAGGAGAUAGACAGCUACUUCAGACAGGAACUGAUCUACAAGAGGAACGACAGGAUGGGGAACAGGGUUAAGACUCUGAUGGAAGAACACCCUGACAACAGCUUCUUCUUCGCCUUCGGAGCAGGUCACUUCCUGGGCAACAACACAGUGAUUGAUGUGCUGAGGAGUCAGGGCUAUGAAGUGGAGCACACUCCUGCAGGGCAGCCCAUUAGCAGUCGAUCGAAAUCCUCUACCGACCAGACGGGUCGUUCUCCGGGUCAGAACCUGGAUGAGUCCCCUUACCUGGAGCCGUUCCUCCACGAAUUCCACGAUGAGGAACAACAGCACCCCCUGCAGGACAACCCACUACCCAACAUACCCCGUCACCUCCCCAGCCUGGAGCUGAUGGACACGAUGGACCGGAAGCUGAAGAAGAAACGACGUAACAAACAGAAGAAACAUCAGAGAAACAGACAGUUUAAUGACCUCUGGGUUCGCAUCGAGGAGAGCACCACAGUCCAGUCUCCUCCACCUCCGCUGGUGCCUAUCAUCAACGGUUACGUCACCGUAGGGCCUCACCACCAUGACCUUGAAAGAGGCCUCGCCCACGGCCACGGCAGAACCAAUCACCACAGGUGGUCGUCAGGCUGCUCCGCCUCCGCGCCGCUGUCUGUCAUCUGGUUACGGUUAACAGUAUUGGUUCACACCUGGACACUGGUAGUAACUCUAGUCUAAAGUAUGAGGUUGUUGGUUAAACUUUUACACAAAAACUGGAAGAAAAAUCCUCAUCAAUCUAUUUCAAAAACACUGUAAUUCUGUAUACUGUUAACAGUGUUGGGUGACAUCUGGACUGCACAUCUAGUACAGGAGGUUCCUGGUUCAAAACCCUCCUGCUCUCAUCUGGACUGCAGCACUAAUGCAGGAGGUUCCUGGUUCAAAACCCUCCUACUCUCAUCUGGACUGUAGCACUAAUGCAGGAGGUUACUGGUUCAAAACCCUCCUGCUCUCAUCUGGACUGCAGAUCUAAUGCAGGAGGUUCCUGGUUCAAAACCCUCCUGCUCUCAUCUGGACUGCAGAUCUAAUGCAGGAGGUUACUGGUUCAAAACCCUCCUGUUCUCAUCUGGACUCUAGUAGCAGAUCUAGUACUGUAAUCAGUGUUGGUUCACAUCUGGACCCUGAAUAACUAGUGCAGGAGGUUACUGGUUCAAACCCUUCCUGCUCUCAUCUGGACUGCAGAUCUAAUGCAGGAGGUUCCUGGUUCAAAACCCUCCUGCUCUCAUCUGGACUGCAGAUCUAAUGCAGGAGGUUCCUGGUUCAAAACCCUCCUGCUCUCAUCUGGACUGCAGAUCUAAUGCAGGAGGUUCCUGGUUCAAAACCCUCCUGCUCUCAUCUGGACUGCAGAUCUAAUGCAGGAGGUUCCUGGUUCAAAACCCUCCUGCUCUCAUCUGGACUGCAGAUCUAAUGCAGGAGGUUCCUCUUUCAAACCCUUCCUGCUCUUAAACUGGAAGGAAAGGAUUCAUCUUUUUCAACACACAAUGAGGUGAAUCCUAACUUCAAGUGAAAAUCGGACAUAAGUGGAAGUUCGCAUUCGCUCAAAUCAGUCUAAACUGGAUCUUUUUACAUUUAAUUUAGUACUUAGUACUUUAGUACUUUAAUUUAGUACUUAGUACUUUAGUACUUUAAUUUAGUAC